AUGAGGGCACACACGGCACAGGUAGAAAAAAAUAUAGGGCUAGAACACGGUGAUCUUUCAUAUAACAAAUUCACCAUAGGGGCUACAGGUUGUCCAUCACAACGCAGCAACCUGAACUUGUUUGAAAGCUUUUCAGAUGCCAGUAGUUCAAAAACUACAUGUUUGGAAAUUCCAAAAUGUCCACAAACUGGGUACGAAUUCCGUAUAAAUUGUGGUGGAGAAGCAGUAACUGUUAAUGGGUUCAAGUUUGAUGAUGACAAAGAUUGGGCUGGACCUUCUUCAUUUCGCCAAACCUCACCAAAUUGGGCUUUAAGCAGCACUGGUUACUUUAUUGAUGAUGACCAUCCUGAAGACACCUUCAUCCAAACUAAUAAAUCUAUACUCUCUAUGGCAAACCCAGAACUGUACACGCAUGCACGCCUCUCUCCCAUCUCUCUAACUUACUAUGGGUUUUGUCUGAGAAAUGGAAACUACUUUGUAAACCUCCAUUUUGCAGAGACAGAGUUUACAAAUAACAAAUCAUAUAAAAGCCUGGGAAGGCGUAUAUUUGAUGUUUACAUUCAGGGGAGACUAGUGGAGCAGGAUUUCAAUAUUGUGGAUAAAGCUGGUGGGGUUGGUACUGCAGUCAUAAUGAACUAUACUGCUCGUGUAACUAAUGGUACCUUGGAGAUCCGUUUCUAUUGGGCUGGGAAAGGGACGACCGGUAUCCCUCUUAGAGGAGUUUAUGGUCCUCUUAUAUCAGCUAUUUCUGUAAAAAAUGCCGACUAUGUACCUGGUGGAAGUGGCAUAUCUGUAGGUGCAGUAGUUGGAAUUGUGGCUGGAGGAGUCUUCAUUAUAUUACUGAUUUUUGGUGUUCUUUGGAGGAGAGGCCUCCUAGGACAACAAAAUACUUUGGAGGAUGAUUUAAAGGGCGUGGACCUGCAAACUGGUAAAUUUAGCUUCAGGCAACUCAAAGCUGCCACAAACAACUUUGACAAAGCCAAUAAGAUUGGAGAAGGUGGUUUUGGAUCUGUUUACAAGGGCCUUCUAUCAGAUGGCACCGUAAUUGCUGUCAAGCAGCUUUCUUCCAAAUCAAAGCAAGGGAAUCGUGAAUUCGUGAAUGAGAUAGGCAUGAUUUCUGCUCUGCAACACCCUCAUCUUGUCAAGCUUCACGGAUGCUGUAUUGAAGGAAAUCAACUAUUGCUUGUCUAUGAGUAUAUGGAAAAUAAUAGCCUUGCUCGUGCUUUGUUUGGGCCAGAAGAAAGUCAGUUGAAGUUGGAUUGGCCAACAAGGCACAAGAUCUGCGUUGGUAUAGCUAGAGGUUUGGCUUACCUCCAUGAGGAAUCAAGAUUGAAGGUCGUUCAUAGAGACAUCAAGGCUACUAAUGUACUGCUUGAUAAAAAUCUUACCCCAAAGAUAUCUGACUUUGGAUUGGCCAAGCUUGACGAAGAGGAUAAUACACACAUUAGCACCCGUAUUGCUGGAACUUAUGGAUAUAUGGCACCUGAAUAUGCAAUGCGGGGUUAUCUGACUGAUAAAGCAGAUGUUUAUAGCUUUGGAAUUCUUGUAUUGGAAAUUGCUAGUGGGAGGAACAACACCACUUACAGAGGAAAGGAAAAAAGCUUUUAUCUUCUUGAUUGGGCACAACUACUAAAAGGGCAAGGGAAUUUGAUGGAACUAGUGGAUCCAAGGUUGGGCUCAGACUUCAACGAAGAAGAGAUUAUGCUUACAAUCAAUGUGGCUCUCCUCUGCUGCAAUGUCACUGCAACAGUUAGGCCUACCAUGUCUUCAGUUGUGAGCAUGCUUGAAGGCAGGGCUGCUGUUCAUGAAUUGGUCUCAGACCCAAAUGCCUCAAGUCUUGAGAUCGAAGCAAUGAGGAAGCAUUUUCAAUCCAGUUUCGGAAGGAACACCGGCAAGAGCCAGACACAAACUGCGCCAACUGAAGGGACCUGGACCGGUCCGUCUUCAUCUGCUGAUGAUCUCUAUCCAGUCAAGCCUGAUUCAACUUACUGGGACAACAGAAAAUAG